AUGAAAGUAUUCAAAAAUACUAUCAAUAUUAAUGAAGCAACUGUUCGGAAAUAUAUAUCUAUUUUCAUAAAGACCGCAGUUGAUUACAUUCAAACGUUUACAAACAAUUUAGCACAAUUAUAUGUAGAAGCUAAUCUUUAUGGAUCUAAAAGAUAUGGUCCUGUAGACUAUUUAGUGAAACUCGACGAUUUUGCGGUGUUAGUCAAUGAGGCCAAAUUUGAAGAUUUAACUAAGGGAAUAGCCCAAAACAUUAUGCAAUUGCACAGUGCAUCAGAGGUAAUUCCACCAUUUUUGUAUUUAUUUGUUGUGCUUAGAGUAGACCUAACUAUCGAUGCAUAUUAUCAGAGUUUAUUAGGCAAGCGUAAGUUAGAACAGAUGGAAUUUGAAUCAUUGCAACAACAAUUGUUUGGAAUUGUAAUAACUGGAGUUUCUUGGUAUUUCAUUCACUGGACUGGUUCUCCAGAAAAACCCAAAGUUGAAAUCUCUUGCCAAUUUAAUUGUAAUUUUGAAGGGGAGAUGCAGAGUAAAAAAAAUGUAGUUUCUUAUAUUGUUCGUAUACUAGAAAAUCAAGAUGUUAUGUUAAAAAAUAACUCAAAACGUGCACACAGAGACUAA